AUGGCGAAAGGCAACAAAGUAGUUUCAAAGACAAACACACCAACAGUUGAAUUUUCAACAUCAACAGAAGAAGAAAAUCCAACAGUUGAAGCAGCAGAAAUCCAGAAAUCAACUUCACAAACAAUGAGAUCGAAGUCAACAUUGAAGGAUUCAAAAGAAAUUUCAUCCCCAACUGCAGAAGAAGAAAAUCAACAGCACCCAAAUCUAAGUGUUAGUGAUGUUAUGGUUAAUAGCAUGUUAAAUGUGUGUACUGAUACAAACAAACCUUAUAGAUCAGGUUUUAAUGCAAUCAACGAGUUUGUGAACAAGAACUUUGAAAAGGAUGGAGAAGUGCGUAAAAAGAGACGUGACAAAGUAUGGUUCACAGAAUUUCAAUUAGAGAAACAAAAGGAGAGUCGUUUUUGGCCUGUAGUAGAUGUCUUUGUUAACAAGAAAGCUGAAAACAAGGAGGAGGAAAACUCAGAAAAGAAACAGGAGAAGAAUAGAGAUCUGUGGUUCAAGAGUCCAGAAUCAAUCUUGAAGAUUGUGAACCAGUUCCGCCAUGAUCAUUCAGGAAAAAAUGUCUUUGUUUUCAAUACUGCUGAGGAGAAAAAGUUUGUGGAAGUAGAGAGUAUGCCCGAAGAUUUGUUCUUCAUUUUUGAAUUACAAAUGUAUUGGUUUUUUGAACACAACAACAGCAUGACGCCAAGCAAUGAACAAGGUUUUCCUAGGUUUCUAAGGUGGGUGAUAAGUGACAUCAGCAAUACAAUAGAUAAAGACAUUAAUGAAGCUAUGAAAAAGAUGCAACCUGGAUGGGUAAAACCUUGGAGUGAUGAGCAGCAAAAAGUUAUGGAAGAGUACAGGAAGAACAUGCAACAACAUAUCACAGAUGCACUGAAGGAAAAGCCGUACGAAGCACAACAUCAAAGAGAUAAAGCAUUGGAAGAGCUUUCAGACUUACAGGUUAAACAUCAAAAGCUUAUUAGCUUCAUUGAAGAAAAAGCCAAGAAAAUUUAUGAAGCUGAUCUGAGGAAUGUGCAAAAUGAUAAGGAUGUUGUUGAUUUAUUUGUUGAAACCUUGCAAGAAAUCAUUUCAUUAAACAAAAAAUUACAAAGUGAGGAUGAGCGUGAUGAUGAUGAGCAGGAGGAGGAGCAAGGUGAGACAAGUGGCAAAGAUGGUGAUGGGGAGGAGGAGGAGGAGGAAGGUCAGCAAGGCAAUAGAAGUGGCAAAGCUGAUGAUGUGGAUGACAGUGAUAAGGAUCAGGAGGAGGAGGAGGGUGAUGAGUAUGAGGAGGAUGGUGGUGGCAAAGGUGGUGAUGAGGAGGAUGGUGGUGGCAAAGGUGGUGAUGAUCAGCAGGAUGAGGAGGAGGGUGGUGGAAAAGGUGGUGAUAUUCAUGAUGAUGAUCUGCAAGGUGGCAAAGGUGGUGAUAUGCGCGGUGAUGACACUGACAAAGAGGGUAGCAAAGGUGGUGACUGCACUCCUCUGUCAAACACAAAUGAAGAGAAGGAUGGAAAAGAUGGAACAAGGCAAGGUGUUGAGUCUGAAACUGCUAAGAAGCCUAGAGGAUAA